GAUCAGAACAUGGAUUUUACACUUUUUAUUCUGAUGUUUCUUCAAGUUGGUUGGUGCGAAGUUGAGGAGAACUUUGUGACAAAGACAGCUGAGGUCGGAGAAAAUGUGAUCCUUUCAUGUAACCGCCACACAUCUCUGGGCAUUGCAACUUUUUUUUGGGUCAGGCUUGUCCCUGGAAGCAUGCCUGAAAUUUUGGGGAAAGCAUUUAGCUUUGACACUGAUGAUCUCAGCAGGAAUUCCCAUAGUACAACAAAAGUAGAACCAGGAUUAUUAUCUCUUCAUUUUCCAAAAACAAAGAUGAGUGACACUGGGUUUUACUAUUGUAUUAAAUUGCAAAAGUACAAUAUUUCUUUUUCAAAAGGAGUGUUUCUAAGAAUUAAAGGACCAGAACCGGAUUUUACUAGAGUUAUUCAACACUCUCCAUCUGAUGCCGUUUAUGCAGGAGACUCUCUGACUCUGCAGUGUUCUGUUUUUUCUGAAAGAGAAAAUAAAAAAUGUUCAGACAGACACAGGGUUUUCUGGUUCAGAGUUACAUCAGAGGAAUCACAUCCCAGAUUAAUUUUUGGUCAGAGUGACAGUGACGGAGAUUGUGAUACCAGUCCUGAAGCUCUUUCUCAGCAGAGUUGUGUCUACACCUUCUUUAAGGACAACGUCACCUCCUCUGAUGCUGGAGCUUAUUACUGUGCUGUGGCUGCAUGUGGGAAGAUAGCUUUUGGAAAUGGAACAAAACUGGAUAUUGAAGGUGUCAGCACAACGUAUUCAGAGAAGAACAAUACUUUGAUCUUUCUAUUAUGUGCUGUUUUGGCUGUAGGUCUGAUUAUUACAACUUUGCUCAUUUGUGCCAUCAGGAAAAAAUCAUGUAAUUGCGGUAAAGCUUCUGUGUCUCUGGAAACAAAUGCUGAAAGAGCCUGUAAUGAGCAACAAAAUCAGCAGAUAAAUCAGGACUCCCUGGUUUAUUCUACAGUAACUGUUACCAGGAGGAAAGCUGACAGAGCAGGGAGGAAAAAUGCACCAACCAAGGCAGAGACGAUCUACACUGAUGUUUACUGAGAUUAACUUUACAAAACCUGGAUUUAUGGCUCAGUGUUAAUGUCAAAUUAAUUUUUGUUUCAUACACUGUUUAAAAAAUAACUUCUUCAUAGGUAUUUUUAUUUUAUUUCUAAAGUAAUAGUAUGUGUUCAAUUAGCUAAGCAUAUUUUCAUUUCUGCACGAUUUAUAUAACAGACUAUUUACAGAUGUUUCGUAAGAUUUUUAAGCCUACAAAGUCAAUGCCCUUUGAUUAUUUCAUAUCUAAAUUUGAAAAAAGGCUUAUGAUAUUGAAGUUGAAAUUUUAGGUGAAAUAUAUAUAAAAAAGCACCUUCAGAAUAUAUGUGUGACUUUUAGAUUUUUCCUAUUGAUAUGAGUAUGAACUCUUUAAUCUGUUAAUGUCAUUUUAAACAUGUGCUUUGUGAUAGUCAGCUUUUCUGAGUUUCAUACUGUAGAAGGCAAUUUAUGUCUGAAAGAACAUUAAUCAAGUUUGUUAUAUUUGCUGUA